CUUCGCGUGGUCACGUGUCGACGGGAAUGCGGAAGUGCGGAACCGUUGUUUUGCUAAUCAGCUCGGAUGCUAGCAUCGAUAGCCUAGCAACUUAUUAUUAUUGUAUCAUUUUAUCUACCCGGUCACCGUCAACAAGUAAACAACACACAUGGUCAGGAUGACGCAGAAGCACUGCCUGGAGGGCCAGGUGUACUCAGUGCCUCUCAUCCAGCCAGACCUGAGGAGAGAGGAGGCCGUCCAUCAGAUAGCAGAUGCAUUACUGUAUUUGGAGACCAUCUCUACAGAUAUUUUCAGAAGGGUAUCUGACAGUGUGGAGAAGAACCGCAGACAGCUGCAGACCGUCACUGACCGGAUCAGACUAGCUCAGGCCCGUGUCGACAAGAUCAAAGGCAGUAAGAAGGCCACCAAGGUUUUUUCCAGUGCCAAGUACCCAGCCCCAGAUCGACUCCAGGAUUACUCAUCUAUCUUUACUGAGGCUACAGACCCCUCCUCACAAACCCGCCCCAGACACAGGAUACAGAAUAAACUUCGACCCUUUGAUGAGAAGGCCUUGCAGGAGAAGUUGAUGUAUUUCCCAGUGUGUGUGAGCAAUAAGAAGAGGUCUGAGGAUGAGACAGAAGAAGGGCUGGGCAGUUUGCCACGCAACAUCUCAUCUGUCAGUUCCCUGCUGCUCUUUAAUACUACAGAGAACCUAUAUAAGAAGUACGUGUUCCUUGAUCCUCUGGCGGGAGCAGUGACAAAAACACACACAACACUAGAAACAGAAAAAGAAGAGAAGCCGUUUGACGCACCAUUGUCCAUUACGAAGAGAGAGCAACUGGAGAGACAGACAGCAGAGUCUUAUUUCUAUGUGCCAGACCUGGGCCAGGUGCCCGAGAUAGAUGUGCCAUCCUACCUGCCUGACCUUCCAGGCAUCGCUGACGACCUGUCCUACAGCGCGGACCUCGGACCCGGCUUUGCCCCGUCCGGGCCCACACACAACAUCCCUGAGCUGCCCUCCUUCUCUGAGGAGAGCAAUGCACCAGGACCUCUGCUCCAGCCUAAUGUUCCACCUCCUCCACCACCUCCUCCUCCCCCUCCUCCUCCUGAACCUGCCCUCGCUCCCGCCGCCCCUGCAGGAGCUCCCCCUCCACCCCCUCCUCCACCUCCUCCUCCGGUUGACAGCCCUGCAGCAGUCUCUCAAGCACCAAGUUCAGGCCCUGUGUCUGGUGCUCCCAGUGAGGUGGUUCAGCCGUCAGACGGCCGCGCCAGUCUCCUGGAGUCUAUCCGCAACGCCGGAGGCAUCGGCAAGGCCAAGUUACGCAACAUUAAAGAGCGCAAGAUGGAGAAGAAGAAACAGAAGGAGCAAGAGCAAGCAGUGGGAGCGGCAUCUAGCGGUGGAGACUUUAUGUCUGAUCUCUUUAAUAAACUUGCCAUGCGAAGGAAAGGCAUAUCUGGUAAAGGUCCAGCAGGUGGGGAGACAGGUGACACUCCCGCUGGUACCGGCGGUGCAUUUGCCAGGAUGUCAGAUGUCAUCCCACCACUUCCUGCCCCACAUACGACAACAGACGAUGAUGACUGGGAGGCGUAACGCGAAGGACAAUGAACACUUUCGAUAGUGUUGAAUAAUUUUGUGUACAAAUGAUCCAAUCAUUCAAUAUUGUAAAAAAUUCCAACAGAAACACAAGUGUAAAAUGGUCAAUAAUUGGCUUCAUAAUGAUAAUAGGUAAAUUGGUUUGUCUAACCAGUUAAACAAAACAUCACUAAACUCAUAAUAAAGCAAUUUAUUGAUAAUCACAAUCAUUGUAAAACAUAUUUCCAUGAAAGUAGAUAUUAGAACACUCACUGAAAUCAUUUCACUAACAUCUCUCCUUUAAAUAAAAGUAAUUUUUUGCAUUA